GAGACGUCGUUACACUUUCUUAUAUUUAUUUAUACAACCAAACCAAAGGCCUAUGGUAUGCUUUCAUUGAACAUGUUUUAAAUACUGAUUAGUAUUGCUAUCAUAAGAAGAUUAUGCUUGGUGGAAAUUAUUCUGUUGUAUGGGCCUGCAAAACGACACAACGAUUUGUGAAAAUAAACAAUGCCGACGCGAUGGAUAUUUUCAGAGGUACUAAAUCUACCAAAAAACUAAUACAAUAGCACAACAAUAGCUGUAUAAUAUACAGUGAAUUAUUUAUAAACUUCCAAGUGAAGGUCCUAAAUUUAUGUUCUGAAGUAUCUACAAAAAAGAAGUUAAGAAAGAAACAUUAUUUUAAAGGAAGGUAAUGUGGAUGAAGUUUGUUGUCCCAAUGAGGUUCAACGACUAAGAAACGAAAAUGUUAAAAUGUCAAUCAUUGUCACACAAGCUAAAAAUGGAUACCUUCAGGAAGUGAUUAAAUUACUCCAUGCAGGCUAUUCAGUAGAAGAACAGGAUUCUGACAACGCUACAGCUCUUUAUUGGAGUGCUUGUCGAGGUUACCCCGAAAUCUGUAAAGUUUUACUAGACUUUAGAAGUCAAGUAAAUACCAAAGUUAAGUGGGGGUCCACGCCGCUACAUGCUGCAGCAGAUCGAGGACAGAUAGAUUGUAUAAAGAUUCUUAUUUAUGAAGGGAAAGCAGAUGUAAAUGUUCAGAACGAUCGAGGAGAUACACCUCUACACCUUUCCUGUUAUCGUGGUUUUGUUGAUAUUGUUCGUAUAUUGAUCGACGCCAGAGCCAAUCCAUUUACUAAAAAUAAACAGAAGAAAACAGCUCUUCAAGAAGCUCAUUCACAGAAUUUUCAUGUUAUAACAGAUAUUUUAGAUAAAUAUCAGAUUGAAUUUGAAAGAUCCAAGCUUUCUUCGAUUGACAGAAGAAAUCCCUUGAAAUCUACUAAUUGGCAUUCACAUCCGCCUGUUGAAUAUACUAAUAAUCUGGGUUCUUCCUCAACAUCAAAUUUUUCUCGAAAUUUGAGGCAACAUUCACUGCGAGAAAGUAAUUACAAUAUUUCCUCCCAAUUUAUGCAAGAAGAGUGUUGUGAAGGAUCAGAUCAUAUGCUGCCAGAAUCGAUGAUGACAUCGUCUUCGGACAUGUUAGCAUUCAAUCAGUCAGGUUUACGAGAACCCACUGAAAGUGAAAUGAAUUUUUCUUCCGGGACCAGUACUGAAAUCAGCAAAGAAACUGUUGAAUCUUUUGCUGAAGUUUUACAGAUUGAUCUUGCGAUUUGCAAAGACAAAAUUGGUUCUCUUGAAAUGGAUAACGAUAAAUUAAAAAUUGAAUUAAAAAAAGCACAUCAAUUGUUGUUUGAGGAGCAAAGAGCACGUCAGGAACUAGUAAGACGAAGUCAUAUGAAUAAAACGGAACUAGCAAAACGGGUGUCUGAAGCUGAAACCAAAAGUUUGACAAAUGGGUUCAAAUCCAGUGAAAAAACGGAACUUAAACUUUGCCAUAAAAAUAUUCUAGACUUGAUUAGGAGUAGAAACAUUUCUUUUGAUUGGUCAAAACUAUGUGAUAAUGUUCAAAAGUUAUGGCAACGAUUGGACUAUGAUUUUAGUCUGGAUGUAGCGGGGCGCGAAUGGAUAUUGAAUAGAGAAUAUACAGUAGUUGGUGACAUCCCUGUCAAUCAUUAUGGUACAGGGCAGCGUGACGGAUCAUGUUCACUAGUUUUUAGAAUUAAGCAUAAAGAGAAAUUUUAUAUGUUAAAGAUGAUGAUAAACCUAAUAAACCUACAGUUUUUUGAUCAUAAUUGUGGUUACAGUAUAGAUGAAUAUUUGGUGGAUAGUUUUGGUCCUGAGUAUCUGGUUCCGUUAUUGUUAUCCUCUGGUCACCCCAAUAUAAUCAACAUCCUACAUUACUACCAGGGAUCAACUGCCAGCUUUAAACGAUUUCAGUCUUUGCUAGUCCCACAGAAUUUGGAUGUCCCAAUAGAAAUGGCCAAUAGAACAACUUUUUUAGUUCUACCAGAAUAUCCUACCACUCUCAAGACGUUCAUGCUGGAACAAAAACAAGCUAUGGAAACACCGCUGUAUGGACUUUCAGAACUAUUUCUUUUACAGUUUGUGUACCAGUUGUUAUCUUCUAUAGUAUUCCUACAGAGCAAGAAAAUAGUACAUCGUGAUAUAAAAGCUGACAACAUAUUUCUAGAUUAUUAUCUUCGACCUGUUUUGGGUGAUUUUGGAUUAGCCCGCUGCUUAAAUGACCGUAAUGGUCGACCGUCAAGAUUUGUAGAAAAGGGCCAGGCGUCUGCAGGAAAUUCUCACGCAUGGGCACCAGAACUGUGUCGCUAUUCUCGAUGUUCACCUGAGCUAUUACCUCAAACUGUAUUAUUAGAAGAUAUCUACAGUAAAUCAGAUGGUUUUGCUGCAGCAAGAAUGAUUUAUAGUAUUCUACAACCAGAAGAUGCAUUCCCAACCUCGUCACCAAAUGUUCCCCAUUAUGAAAACUCAAAGAUUCCAGAACUACCAUCAGAGUUAUUUCCAGAGUUCCGUACAAUUCUACGUGAUUUGGUACUAAACGACCCUGUUGAUCGACCCACUGUUAAACAGGCCAUGUUCAGGGUUGGUGGACUUCUAUUUUCGCCAAAUGAACAGGAAGUGACAUCAUUGCAAGAAAUGACACAAUAUCAAGAAGCCAGACUUUUAACACUGUCAGCAGUUGAUUCAGAAACAUGGUAUGAAACAAGGAACACUUAA